CCUUAAUAUGGAUCGGAACAGACUAAAGGCACUAUGCAAUUCUUCAGAGAAAGAAGGAAAAGUACUUCAAAAAGAGAGAGAUGAAUUGUUUAAAGCACUUGACCUUCAGAACAAUUCUAAAACAAAGUGGUCACAAAAAGAAUUUCUUCAGAUACGUCGACCUGUGAAACAGACUGGCAUCUCUAUUAAAGAUCUAGCUGAAGCUUUUCUUCAGAGGUUAAUGAUGUUAGAUUAUAGAGCCAGAUACAUCCCUGUUCAGCAAGAAAGCUCUGAUGUGAACAAUUCACAGGCUGUUCCAGUGUCUGACAGUGCUGUUACAGACGACGAUGACUUAGAUGCUCUUUUUACUACUAACAUAGACAUAGAGCAGUCAAAAGAGAAUCAUGUUCACCCAAUGGAUGUUCAAAUGGCAGCAUUUCACUUCUCAGACAGCUUCCUUAAACAGAAAAUGAUCACAAAGUUGUCACAGUGUCAGUAUGCCUUACCACUGCUUGUUCCUGAUCCUCUCACAUCAAAUAUUGACUGUCCUUUGUGGACAUUCAGACAAUUAACAAAAACAUGGAAAAUAAGCACAACCAAAGAAAAUGCAACCACUGUCACCAUGAAGAGCAUGCCAAUCUACAAAGCUCAGACUCCCAUGGUUUCAUUUUUUCGACUGGGCUCCAUGUCUUUGUCCAAAUCUCAGCUGAUGAAUGCCUUGAUCAACGACCGCCACGACACAUUCUUCCACAGAAACUGUAAAGGAAGCACCAAAUCUCGUCAUUUGAUGGAUGGGGUGGCAGAGAUUGCCUGGUACUAUCCUGCUGGAAAACCCAAUGAUUUCUUUACUGACUGCAUUGCCUUCUGUAAUCUUCAUGGGGAUUCUCUAGUAAAUGUAAAACAGUGUGAAAUCCUGACUGAAAUGUCUUCAGUCAUUGUUGUUCUUGUGCCAACUCUGGAAAAAAGCCAGGAAAGUACUGCAGUCAUUUCUAUGCUUUACACGUCUUCAAAGCCUCUAAUCAUUCUCAGUGCUGACAAUGAGUGUAGUGCAGUUCAGAUGAAACCUCAAAAAUAUAAACUGGGUCUGAAAGAAAGGAGCCAGACGAAUGUUUCUGAAGAACUAAAAAAGAUUAUAAAAAGCCUUUUGUCUGGACCCCACACAUCCUUCAGACUGGAAACUAUGGCUGAUGUCUCUGGGAUCAAAGUAGAUGAAGAUCAGAAAAUCUGCCAGAAAGGGAAAUCUGCUGCAAUUAAAAUAAUUGAAUUGAUUGAAGGGAUGGACGUUGCCAAAAUCAAAGAUACAUUUCUUCCCUGCCAAGGUCAACUUUGGUCCAACUGGUGCAAAAUCAAUAAAGAGUUGCAUCAUCUAAAGGGAGACAUUGAGAAAGAAAAGGGUCAGAAGAGUCAGCAGCUACUGAAACUAAGACAGAAACAGUGUGAUGCGUCCAAUCGUGAACUGAUGAGGUUGUUCACUCAGAGCCUCAAGCGUUUGCCACCAGAAGAAAGAGAAUAUUUCCUGACAUGGGCUCAGAUCCUCAUAGAUGCCCUCUCCACAGAUGAUCUUUCUUCAAUUCUCCAAAAAUAUGAUAAAACCUGGUCAGAGGUCUUGGUCUUGAAGAAAAAACAUGACAAAUUUACUCAAUUAAAAGACAAACAAACUGAGCUUGAACUCUUGUCAAAAAAGCUUCAAUCAGCAACCUUUGGUCUGGAACACAUCUUCAGAGAGAUGGGGCAGAUCUAUGAAGCCCAUAAAACUCUGAAUAAACUAUCACUGAGCCGACAGCCUGAUUGGACUAAAUACCCUGAGCUGGCUGCAGAUCUGAUGAUAUCAGGACACCCGAUGGAGCUGAUGGAUGGGGAUGCAGGCCACGUGCCUUUAAUAUGGAUCUCUAGUCUCUUAAAAGAAGUAAUCAAGAAACUUGGUGACCAGAGAGUCUUUGUGCUGUCAGUUCUGGGUGUACAAAGUAGCGGAAAGUCAACGAUGCUGAACGCCAUGUUUGGCCUGCAGUUUACAGUCAGUGCUGGGAGAUGCACCAAGGGUGCCUACAUGCAACUGGUUAAGCUUUCAGAGGAAAUCAAGGAUAACUACAAGUUUGACUACAUUCUAGUUGUAGACACUGAAGGACUGCGAGCUCUUGAGUUAGAAGGUAAUGCUACCCUUCAUCAUGACAAUGAACUUGCAACAUUUGUUGUUGGUCUGGGAAACAUGACACUGAUCAACAUCUUUGGUGAGAAUCCAGCUGAGAUGCAGGAUGUCCUACAGAUUGUUGUGCAGGCUUUCAUGAGGAUGAAGAAAGUCAAGCUUUCUCCAAGUUGUGUGUUUGUCCAUCAGAACGUCACAGAUAUUACAGCAGCAGAGAAAAACAUGGAUGGAAAGAGACGACUGCAAGAAAAACUGGACAAGAUGACUCAACUUGCUGCCAAAGAGGAAGUGUGUGAUGUUGAGUGCUUCAGUGAUGUCAUCGCAUUUGAUGUGCAAAAAGAUGUAAAAUAUUUUGCUCAGCUGUGGGAGGGAAGUCCACCAAUGGCUCCUCCAAAUCCAGGUUAUAGUGAGAGUGUCCAAGAACUGAAGUCCAUCAUCUUGUCUAAAGCCAAACAGUCUACUGGGAUCACUCUGUCACAUUUCAACAACAAAAUCCAAGACCUGUGGAACGCCUUGAUGAAUGAACACUUUGUUUUUAGUUUCAAAAACACCCAAGAAAUUGCAGUUUACAGAAAACUGGAGGUUCAAUAUGGGCACUGGACUUGGGCCCUGAGGAGUGAGAUGCUGAACAUUGAAAACCAACUUUAUCCUAGAAUUGAAAAAGGCCAACUGGACAAAGUUGACAAGAAUGACCUUAUCAAAGAAAUGGCUAAAACAUAUGAAGAUGUAACAAAACAUAUGGCAGCUUACUUUGAAGAUGACAAAGACAAAGAGAUGUUGGUUCAGUGGCGGGGCCAAUUUGAGAACAAAAUCAAAGAGUUUCAUGAGGAACUUGUGAGAGGAGUGAAGAGAAAACUGGAUGAAGUAAUCCAGCAAAAUAAUGCUAGAAAAAUGCUUGACAAGAAGAAGACAGAGUUUGAAAACUAUCUACUCCAGAAGAGCAAAGAGCUCGCUCACCAGUUAAAAUGCAUUGCAGCAGAUGAAGAGGAACUAAAAGCACAUUUCAGCACCAUUUGGAGUCACUGGGUUAAGGAAUUAACCUCUGAUACAAAACCCAUUGAGAAUAUAAACUUGGAGGAAGAUCAGAUUGCUGUGCUUCAAGAACUUGGUGUUGAAUGGGGACUCAUUGAUGAGUCCAAAAGAAGUAAGAGAUACAAAAGUCUGUCACAACAUGGUGAUUAUUUUUAUUACAUAAAAACAAAGAGAAGCGUUGGGGGUGUUUGGAAAAUGUUUAAAAUGACUGUUUUUCCACAUGAAGUUUUUCCACAUGAAGAACAGAAACAGAUCAGAUUACUUAUUAAUGAAGUUGAACAAGAAUGCCUUUCAGUCGUUAAGAGCAAACCUGUUGCAACAAGAGGCUUUACAUCAACUUACUUAAAGGAAUUGGCUCAACAUAUUAAACUUCAUAUAGAAAAAUUUGAAUCUCAGAGAAACUAUGUAUUCAAGAAGGAGUUUUCAGUUGAUCUUUCACUGCAUGUUUUUGACAGGGCAGAAGGUUGGAUCUUAAACUCCUUCAAGAUCUACAGACAGAAAAAUGAUGUGUUCACUUAUUUGGACACCAAGAAAAAUGAGUAUUACAAAAUUUUCAGAAGCUUCUGCAAAGGAAGUUCAUCUGCUGUGGUGUUUGGAGAAAUUAUGUGUGAAAAACUCAAAGUCUCUGCUGUUGAAGCCGUCUGUAACAAGACUGGAGUUGAUAUUGCUGGACAGAUGAUGUGCAGUUUCCCUGCAUUCAAUGGGAACAGACUGAACUUAGAAAAACAUGUGUUGGCAUCUCUGGCAGAGAAAGAAGACUUUAACAUAUUCAUCACCUACAUUCAAAAUCCAAGAGCUCAAGUCGAGGCUUUCAUCAAAGAACAAGUAAAGAAAUACAUGUUCAUGACACAGAAAGUUAAAGCCCAGAAUAUCCUGAAGAAAAAUGUAGAAGAAAUCAGCAGAGUCAUCAGUCAGGCUUUGUUUGAGGCAACAGAGAAAAUCAAACACAUUAAGGGAAACAUAGAAAUGUGGGUGGAGGAAUUUUCUAGAAAACUAAAACCAAAGUUGAUACUUGAUAUUGUUAGUUGUCAAAACUUCAGUGACAUAAACAAUUUUGACUUCCUUAAAGAAGAGAUAGAGAAAGGCCUGAAAAGCAUCACAACAGAGAUGAGCAAACUCUCCCUGGAAAAGGUGAAUGACUGCAGACACAAACCUGAUCAGAUCCUGAUUGAUCAGCUGUGUAACUGCUGCUGGGAAACGUGUCCAUUCUGUGCUGCUGUUUGCACCAACACUUUGAAGGACCACAGACCUGAGAAGCACAGCGUUCCUUUUCAUCGACCCAAUGGGGUUAGAAGUUGGCAUUACAGAGGAACAGAUGAUCUGGUCAUUGAUUUCUGCACCACAUUAGUUGCAAGUGAUGGAAACUUUCACCCAAAUGAGUCAGAUUGUCUAGUUCCUUAUAAACAGUACCCAACUGCUGGUGAACCAUAUGCUUCAUGGAGCAUUACAGCUGAUAACUCUAAGCUGGCCUUCUGGAAAUGGUUUGUCUGCCACUUUCAAAAGGAACUGGAACAGUACUAUAAUAAGAAAUUCCAGGGUCAUGGAGAAAUUCCUCAGGAUUGGAAAAACUUCAGUAAAGAUGAUGCCAUUGAAAGUCUGAAUGAAAUGUGUAGUUUAUGAGAAAUCGGCAGCUGUUCAUAAAAUCUAAUUUAAUUCCUAAAAUUGUGAGGUUGAUUCUGAGCAGUAAAUAGAAACAUUGAUGUUUAAGGCUCUGCAAAAUAAAUGAAAAAGCAGUUACGUUUGGUUUGUACGUCCUGCUUGAGUUAAGCUUUUAGUUAAGAAUUAUAUGACUUCAAGUGUUAGUUUUAUUUCAUAUUCAUCGUCAGUCUUAAUGUUUUUCCUUCUUAUUGUAAUUAUUUUAGUGACCCUAAGAUGUGAGAUAGAAAGUCAGCACUGAACCGUCAAAUAUUAAUAAUGAUAUGGGUUACAAUAUGUAAACAUUUUGCUUUUUUUAUCUAGAUGGAAUCAAGUCUCAUUGCAUUUUUUCUUGUGUUUUAAAACUUUACAGACACAUUCAAAAUUAAUCCAUAUGUUUUAGAGGAGCACUGACAAUAUUAUUCGUCCGGGAGAUAAAUGUCAUAAAAUACCCCACAUGGGAAAUUAAUGAAUAAGAUUUUAUGAUUUAAUGAGCAACAAGUAAGGUUUUUUUUCCCUAUUUUUUCAUUCAUGUUAAAACCUUAGUGAGAUAAACUGUUAGAAUACUGAAUCGUCUUUCUCAAUAUUUUGAUAAUUUUAACAGUUUUUUUUAUUUCUUUAGUCAUGUUAUGCUAUGAUACCUAUAGCUUUGUUUUCCUCUGUCAGUUCUGUAACAGAAAAUGAUAAUCUAAAAAUGUAAUCUUUCUCUUGAAAUAAAUGAUUUAUAAUGCCUAUUUUAAUAUAACAGGACAGAGAACAUAAAUAAUACAUGACACUGUUUCAUCAGUAGAAGUUUUGUUUUAUUUUAACUUUUACGAAAUUCACUGAAAUC